UAUUUUUCUUUGUUCUUCCUUCUCCUAAUUACUUUUGUUGGUUUUAAAUUUUUUUAUAUAUUGUUUUGAGUCUCGAGAGAAAUUUUUGAUUUAUCGGGCUUCGAUAAUCUUAUUCGCCUGAGAAAACUCCAUUGUGGGUGAUAAUAUCAUGUCCGAUGGAUACUACAGCUCUAAGAAGACGGACGAUAUCUGCGAUGAUGUUUGCGGACAGCAGGAUGGUUCUAGAGCAGGGAAGGCCUUUUCAAGGGUUAGAUGUAUACUACGAGGACUCGAUUUCAAGACAUACAUCUUCUUCUUCACCCUUGUCCCCUUAUUCGUCUUUGGAGUCUAUCUGCACGGGCAGAAGCUCACAUACUUCUUGAGACCGCUCUGGGAAUCACCACCUAAACCAUUUCAAACGCUUCCUCAUUACUACCACCCAAACGCCUCCAUGGAAACGCUCUGCACCCUCCACGGAUGGAAACACCGCGAGUCUCCGAGACGAGUCUUCGACGCCGUCCUGUUCAGCAACGAAGUCGACAUGCUCACCAUCCGCUGGAAAGAGCUCUACCCUUACAUCACCCAGUUCGUGAUCCUCGAGUCCAACUCCACCUUCACCGGUUUGCCUAAACCGCUGGUUUUCGCCGCGAACCGAGGGGAGUUCGAGUUCGUGAAGCCAAGGCUGACGUACGGGAACAUCGGAGGAAGGUUCAAGAGAGGCGAGAACCCUUUCGUGGAAGAGGCUUACCAGAGGAUCGCGUUGGACCAGCUCAUCAGGCUCGCGGGGAUCGAGGAAGACGAUCUUCUGAUCAUGUCUGAUGUAGAUGAGAUCCCCAGCGCUCACACCAUCGACCUCCUUAGGUGGUGCGAUGGUUACCCGCCGGUUCUUCAUCUCCAGCUUAAGAACUACUUGUACUCGUUUGAGUAUUUCAUCGACAGCAAAAGCUGGAGAGCUUCGGUUCAUCGGUACAAGCGGGGGAAGACAAGAUACGCUCAUUUUCGUCAGGGCGACACGCUUUUGGCAGACUCUGGUUGGCAUUGCAGUUUCUGUUUCAGGCGCAUCAGCGAGUUUGUAUUCAAGAUGAAAGCGUACAGUCACACCGACCGUGUUAGAUUCUCUCAUUAUCUGAAUCGGGAGAGAAUACAAGAUGUGAUAUGCAGAGGAACUGAUCUGUUCGACAUGUUUCCUGAAGAGUAUACGUUCAGGGAGAUCAUCGCGAAGCUAGGUCCGAUCCCGCGGUCUUAUUCAGCUGUUCAUCUUCCAGGUCAUUUGAUCGAAAAGGCUGAGAGUUACAAGUACUUGUUACCUGGGAACUGCUUAAGGGAAAGUGGAUGAUAAGUGUUUGUGCUUAUCAGUCUUUGUAGUCGUUAGAUCAUUUGCGGGGGAAAUGGCUUAUUAUCAGUAGAGGGAGUGUGAGGGUAUAUAUAACCUUGUCUGCUUUUUAAUACCGACUUCAUGUUCCAAUGUGUUCCCAUGUUGUGUUGGGAAGUUUUGCUGGAAUAGUCUCUCUUUUUUUUCUCCUUACUUCAAAACUCUUUUCAUA